UGGUGAAAGGGAGAGAGAGAGAGAGAGAGAGAGGGUGGACAAGCGGGUGGGUGCUGUGAAAUCAGUUAACAGGAGUGCUCUGUGCAUUUGUUAGACGUCUUGGCCGCUUGCCCAACUUGGCUCAUUGUAAUCGAGGCAUGAGCGUGGACUCCAGGCAGCCCUCUCUGCCGCCUCGGCUGCCUUGCUCCUGGACUCAGCCCAGCUCUCACCGCUGACAUGGAAAGACCCACCACCAGUGACAUGAUGCCCAAGAGGGAUAACGAGAGGGACGUGGAGCUGGACAAGAAGAUCGAGGCUCUCCGCAGGAAGAAUGAAGCACUCAUGAAGAGGUACAAGGAGGUGGAGGAGGACAAGAAAAGGGCAGAGGAGGAAGGAAUGGCACUGCAGAGCCGCAAGGGAAAAGCCGAUGACCUUACCAUCACAAUCAGCAAGUCCACCAGUGACAGCCGUGUGGUGGUGACGAAGCCAUUCAGCAGCGGUUCGCCAGCUGGGAAAGUAGAGCAGGAGGCUGGGCCCGUCAGAGUCGGAGAGGGCCCGUCACAGGGCACCGGACGUGGUCACAGGAAGCAGUUAACGGUCACCAUGGAAGGCAAAAAGGGUAAGAGGGUGGUGAGCGAGAAGCCAGAGAGGAGGCUGGGCUCCGCAGAUGUCAAGAGCCCUACAGAUGACGGACAGGCGAGGCGUGUGGAGUCAGCUGGGAGGGGAAAGCAUCCCCCUCACACGACCAAGAGAAACACAGCAGCAGCAGCAGCAGCACAGGGUGACGAGGUGAAACAGGGCCAGAGGGACACGGAGGAGCACCACAGGGUUCCGGAGCAAAGCACGGAGCCCGAGAGCCCACAUGGCUCCACUGACCUCGACAUCCCAACACUGAGAGAGGAGCAGCAGGAGUAUCUGAAGUGGAAGAGAGAGCGCGAGCAGAUUGACAAAGAGAGAGUGGCACGUCAUAAAAAUGCAAAGGGCCAGUGGAGGAGGGCGUGGGACAUGGACAAAUCUGAGAGCAUGUUUUCAGACAAAUCCCUGCCUGAUAGAGACUGGGGUCAUUGUAGCAGAGCUCAGCGAAAUACUAGAAGAGGACAACCCAAGACAAACAUGGACCCAAGAGGUUUUGAGAAGCGAGGAAAAGACAAGGGAGUUAAAAAUGUGCGAGUGAUGAGCAGUAAGGCAAAAGGCAAGGACCGUCUGACGGGGAGGGCCAGGAGGUGGCAGGCAGGUGAAGAGGGAGAUAACAUACAGAUCUCUGAUACAACGCUGGAGGAAUUCUUGGAGGAACUGGACGCUCUCACGGAUGCCGAAGCAGAAGAACUGAAAGCUCAGGAUGCAAAAGCGAAGCAGUCGCCCAGUGCAGACAUGCUGAGUACAUCUGAGGAUGUGAGUGGCUCCACAGCUCCUGGCACCGUGAGCGAGGACACCUCCACUCUGGAGUGGCAGGAGGCCUCGUCUCCUCGCAGCUCAGAGAAGAAAGUGCGUUUCUCAGAGGAGCUUGUUCAGGGAGCUCACAUGAGGCAAUCUGCAGGCUCUCAGGACUCAGAAUCAAGGUGUCAGAGCGCCUUAAAAGCUCCCUCACCUGUAAAGAACAAAGUGCAAGGGCCACAACAAGUGUUUGACAGCACCAGACAGGAUGACGGUACUCCUCAGGAUCAGGGAGGUGGUCCAUCUGCUGCUCCUGUUGCCCCUCAGCAGGCGCCUGAAAAUGAAUGUAUGAAAAAGGACAGGGACCCCCCCACAGCUCACACCUCCUCCCCUCCUGCUGAAAAAGCCAGUACCUCUCCACGGGAGUUUCCUGUCCAGGCUGUAGAGCUCGCCAAGUGCAAUAUCAGCAACGCAAACACAGAGGAGUUAAUAGACUCCGGUCUGUCUGUGCUGAGUCUGGAGUCAGGAGAAACGCACCCGACACACUGUACCAGCAGUGACAAGGCAAGAGAGCACGGGAAGAUUGUUUGACUGACAAUUAUUUGGGACGGACUCACUGAAACCAAAGCGACAGCAGCAGCAGCACAGGGCCGUGCCAACUUUCAUCCGGAUGCUUCAUGUCGCUUCAGGUAGCUCUUUUCAGAUGUCGGAAGUUUUUAACGCUUACGCACAAAAACCCACGGUUUCAAGUCACCAAACGUCACCCACACCUUAGGAGAGCCUUGUCCCGGCUCAAAUACGUUUAGACCCAAGCACUUUAUGCGUACUGACACAAUAAACGGGAUUAUAUUAGUAUGCUGUUUAAGUGCAAUAUCACUGAAUGUUUACAUGUGUUAGGACGAUUUCAAAGGAACAUAUCAGGAGAAGGCUAAUCUAAUUUCAGUCAGUUUUAUCUAUAGUGCCUGAUUUCUGCCUUACCGUUAUUUUUUAGAUAAUGAAAUAAAUUCCAUGUUUUGGAAUAUAAGAUGAUACCGUAGCGACAGAGCUUUGUUAUAGAGUAGAGUCUGUGUUUUUAACGCUCACGUCUGUCAGUAGGAAGUAUUUGACGUUUCUGCUCCCAGCAUCAGUCAGUGUCCCCUUUCUAAGUAGAAAUCAAUACUUUAUCGAAGGGCACGUUUGAGAUUUACUGUCUUAUCGACCGCCAAAGGAAGACUGCGUGUACGUUCCUCAAAAAAAUAUGACCCACAGUGUCCUUGGCAAAGGUAAAAGGAGGCUGCUGUGUUCAUUCACCGAGCACAGUUUUCUCUUUGUGUUUCGUUUGACUCUGUGCCUCUGUAGGAGCUUUGUCAAUUCUGAGAAAAGUAACCCCCAAUUAUGUCCUCUACUGUAUCUCACUUUUGAGAUUUCAAGCCCGCUUGAUUACAAGUCAUCGUUACAAAGAAAUGCUGUUUAAAUUGCCAUUAUGGGAAUUGUUCAGCGUUUCUGGAAGCUGCCGCACACUGUGGACAAAGGUCAAGUUAUUUCAGCUCCGCAGAACAAAUUUAGACUGUUCUGUCUUUCGAAACGUCCCCCAGCUUAAUAUAAGUGCAGGUCUAAACUGGUAAAUCAAAUCUUAUUCUAAUGCUCUAUUAAUAACCUAAUCUUUAUUACUGUCUGUCUCUCGUUAGGUGAUCAAUAACGCAGUAAAUCUCAAACUUGCCCGGCGACACAUUGCUAUUGUGUUUUCUUUGCAGCUGAAUCCCAGUUUUAAAGUUUUUGUUAACGUGUAGUUUUUUAUCAAGGCCGCGAUAUCAAAACAAAUUUGCGAGUUUAAUAAUAGUUUGGCCGUGUGUUGGAACAGACUUUUAUUUUCGUUUCUCUUCCCUGUGGGACAAACAGAGUUGUUUUGCAGAACAUGCAUCAUCUCAUCCACACUUCCAGCUGGGAUUCAGCUGGAAUUCAGCUGGAAGUGGCUCUCAAAGCCUAGUUUUAUCACAUUUGUUCUCUUCUCUCGUGACAAUGAAACGCAACUAAUCUUUGAAAAGGAAUCCAGUCUGCUGGUGUGCCUUGUACUCUGGCCUCUUCAAUACUGAAGGUCUGCCUUUAUUGGACAUUUUUGUAGUGUUAAAUGCACUGAACUAACAGUGCAGCAUCAGUAUUGUUAUUUAUUUGCCUGUCUGUCUGACAGGCGGAAUGUUACCUAGAAACGAUUUUGCAAAUCUAGACCUGUAUGUGUAUGUUUUUCAUGUUUUCUGUAUCUGAUAUGAAUGGAUUUGUUUUUAUUUAUUGCCAGUGGACUACUGUAUUUUUGGUAUCAAUGACAACUAUAACAAAAGAGGGUUUUGGC